AGUCUGGGAAGGAAACUGACUUCUGCCUUCAGAUUGGCAGUCUCCUCCAGAAACCAUCAGAAGACAUGAAAAGCCCAAAGCUCCCGGCAGAAUCCCCAGUUAGACCCUGAGCCUGAAGUCGGAGUCCUAGAACAGAUUACCUACUCCUCUGUAGGACACCUCCCUUGGGGGUGGGACAUUUGGUCCAAAGGGCCUCCAGAACUUCCCCAUUGGUAGCCCAGGUCAGAAGCUUCCCCAUCACAGCUGCCUCACUUGCUGCCAGUACAACAGCCCCGAUUGCUUCCAAGCCUUGAGGCACAGGGAGGCCCGGGCGGCUCCGCUCAGGACAGCGUUGUGGAGCAAUUGCAGGGAUCCAAGUCAGAUCAUCUGACAAGCGUCGAGUGCUUUUGCUGACAGAAUCAUCUCCCCAACUGCUGGUGAGGCUUUAGAGUCCACUGGCCCAAGAUCAUUUCAUUAUUCCCUGGGGCGGCGUCCAGUGUCCAGCUCUGCUGCCUGGUUGAACUGCCCUGCUUAAAACAGCUGAAUGGUAAGGUAGACCCACUUGGAGCCUCUGGAGUAGGGAGAGUCGGACCCUGGCUGCAGGAAAUCCUUUGAGAUCCUAGCAGAGGGAGGUCACAGCUACCUAGCUCAGGUGUCCCCGCAGGAGAAAAGUUAGCAUCCUGGAUUAAGUUGACCUCAAAAUGGGAGAAUUCAAUGUGGAGAAUUUCAACAUUGAAUAUUUCUUCAGUGGCGAGAUUGAGAAUUACAAUUAUAGCUCUGACCUGCCCCCCAUUCUGCCAGAUGCUGCCCCAUGCCGCGACCCAGAGAGCCUAGAAAUCAACAAAUAUGCCGUGGUUAUCGUAUAUGUCCUGGUAACCCUGCUGAGCCUUCUGGGAAACUCCCUGGUGAUGCUGGUCAUCUUAUACAACCGGAGUUCCUGCUCUGUCACCGACGUCUACCUGCUGAACCUGGCCAUUGCCGACCUGCUCUUUGCUCUGACCUUGCCUGUCUGGGCUGCGUCCAAGGUGAAGGGCUGGACUUUCGGCAUACCCAUGUGCAAGAUAUUCUCAUUCGUGAAGGAAGUCACCUUCUACAGUAGUGUCCUGUUACUAGCCUGUAUCAGCAUGGACCGCUACCUGGCCAUCGUCCAUGCCACAAGCACACUGAUCCAGAAGAGGCACUUGGUCAAGUUCGUAUGCAUAACCAUGUGGAUACUGUCCAUAUUUGUGUCCCUGCCCACCUUAAUUCUGCGUAGUACCGUCAUGACGAACUCCUUAACCCUAGUCUGCUACGAAGAUGCAGGUAACAACACAACCAAGUUGAGGAUGGUAUUGCGCUUCCUGCCUCAGACCUUCGGCUUCCUCCUGCCACUGCUGAUCAUGUUGUUCUGCUACGGGUUCACACUGCGCACGCUCUUUAAGGCCCACAUGGGGCAGAAGCACCGGGCCAUGCGGGUCAUCUUUGCCGUUGUGCUUGUGUUCCUGCUUUGCUGGCUGCCCCACAAUCUGGUCCUGUUCGCAGACACCCUCAUGAGGACCAAGCAGAUCCAGGAGACUUGCGAGCGCCGCAAUGACAUUGACAGGGCCUUGAAUGCUACCGAAAUCCUUGGCUACCUGCACAGUUGCCUUAACCCCAUCAUCUAUGCGUUUAUUGGCCAGAAGUUUCGCUAUGGACUCCUCAAGAUCAUGGCUACUCACGGCCUUAUCAGCAAGAAGUUCUUACCCAAGGAGGGCAGGCCUUCAUUUGUUGGCUCUUCUUCAGGGAACACCUCCACUACUCUCUAAGUCUGUCCACCUAAACUGUAGCCAUUCAAGGUUCUUUCUUGUCCACCAGCAUGGCUCAUGUACGCAGACUGUGGUAUCUGAAUUGAAUCACCCACACACAUUUCAAAGGUACAGGGCGACAGAGGUUACAUUUUUACCAGAGCCCCCACUGCAAAGUUUAGAACCCCUACCCUGGCUGUUCACUCCCUCCAUAUUGUAUGCCUAAUGAUACAUUUGGUCCAUCCUAACACUGGACCCCAAAUAAUCUUUUCUAAGAAGCACAAAUUAGAGUUAGAGUGAGAUACUUCCUCCUACCCAUCAGAGUCCUUACCUGUAAAAGGAAGAGGUAGAGGAGAAGAAGAGAAAAUAGCAAGUGUUAUUAAGGAAGUAGAGAAAGGGAAAGUGUUUGCCUUACUGGUAGACCUGAAUGGUAUCCCAGCACAGUGGGACACAGCAUAUCACUUUCCUUAAGACAUUAAAUAUAGAACUAUCACAUAAUCCAUCAAAUUCACCUCUAAGUAGAUACCCAAAAGAAUUGGAAGCAAGGGCUCAGAUGUUUGUAGGUUGAUACUAACAGCAGCAUUAUUCAAAAGACUCAAAAGUCAAAACAACUAAAAUGACGGCCCACAAAUAAAUGGGUAAAUUACACAUGGUGUGUGCACACAGCAGGAGACCAUCCCACAGUGAGAAGGAGCAAGAAACUGACCUAUAUUGCCUCAUGAAUGAGCCUUGAAAACAUGCUUCCACGUGGAAUAACAAGACCCCAAAGACAAACGUUGUACGUUCACACUUAAAAAGUGCCAAGAGUAAUCAGAUAGUGAAGACUUGGGGCUGGGUGAUGGAGGGUGGGGCACUUGUGUUGGAUGGCACAGCUCCAGUCUGGGGCGACGGAAGAGCCCUGGCCCCUGUGCAGCAGUGUGAAAGUGCUCACUGCCAUUGCAUUAAAAGAAAAAAGUUAAAAUGAAAGCUAGGUAUUGUUUACUGAUGGAGUGCUUACUUAACGUUUCUGUGAACUCAGGCUUGAACUCUAGGGCCUCAACCAGUGCGGGGCGGGGGAGCUAAAAUGGUCAUUUUUGUUAUAUAUGUUUUACGUCAGUUUAUCAAAAAAAAAUCUAAGUCUACUUUAACCACUGAACGAAUGCAGAACUAUGUACAUUAUAAUUUCUUAUAAAGUGUGAUCAUUAAAUGCCUUUUUAAAACUA